AAAUUUUACAAUCUGACAUCAUUGUGCUCACAACUUUACGCGAUUCCUCUGCGAUCUACUGGAUCAAUGAAAUACGUAGUACUAUUAAAGUGUGUGAGAUGUAAAGUGAAUUGUGAAAUGAAUAAAAACGAUUAUUGUUCUCGUGAAAAUUUGGAAAAUAAAAAUGGGGAAAGAUCAAGAACUGCUGGAGGCCGCAAGAAAGGGCAAUGUUGCUGUCGUUGAGAAAAUCCUAGGACAGAGAGCCAAAAGGAGUGGCCCUCUGGCAAGUCUGCGAAGAGGGCCUGGUGCUAACGUUCAAGACAGCAGCGGAUAUUCGGCUUUACAUCACGCUUCACUAAACGGACACAAGGAAAUAGUAAGACUGCUUUUGGACCAUGACGCUUCAACGAAUAUCAUCGACGUCAAAGGAUCUUCUCCCCUACAUCUGGCAGCUUGGUCGGGCAACGUGGAAAUUGUCAGGAUGCUGCUUUCUGGACCAUCCAUCUGCAACGUCAAUUUGACGAACAAAGAUGACGAAACAGCUCUCCAUUGCGCUGCUCAGUAUGGUCAUACGGCUGUGGUUAGUCUUCUUUUGGAGUACGCGUGUGAUCCGGGCAUACGAAAUGGCAGGGGCGAGACGGCUUUAGAUUUGGCCGCGCAAUAUGGAAGAUUGGACACGGUUGAACUAUUGGUUAGGACGGAUCCUAGUUUGAUGCAGUGCUUGAGGAGGGCCGCUCCAGACAUCGUUUAUCCACAUACGCCACUGCAUAUGGCCAGCAGGAAUGGUCACAGGGCUGUUGUGGAGGUGCUGUUGAGAGCUGGUUUCAGCGUGAACGUAAGAACCAAAUCUGGUACUCCUCUACACGAGGCUGCCCUGUGCGGCAAGGUGGAAGUGGUGAAAACACUUCUGGAACAUGGUGCCAACACUUCGAUAAGGGACGCAACUAAUUACACUGUGAUGGAUUUGUUGAGUCAGUUUAAUACAGCACCUGCGUCUCAAGAAAUUAUCGGGAUUUUGAAAAGGCACAAAAGAGGUCUUCCACUAGUUGAUAGCGAUGGGGAGUCAAAUCAUCCCUUUCCGGCCGUACCCCAUCCGGACUCUGACCUGGGAAGCCCCUACGAGAACGUGAGACCGUCUUCUAAGAACUCCAGGUCUGGUACCACGGAUCCUUCACCUGGCACAUCGCCCCUAAGAUGGGACAGUUACCAUAAGCACGCCAGGCCUCCUGAAGGCUUCGAAGAUAGACGGACGUCAGGAGUAUCUAUUUAUUGUUUAUUUGCCGCAUCCUUAGUACCGAAUGCAUGUUUCAGGAAUGAAAAUUACCAUAGCUUAAGAAACCCCCAAAAAAUCCUAGAAUUAACACCCUUGCACGGCAUCGAAUUUUCCUUCACCGAGGACCUAACAGCCAGGAAGGAAAGCAUUACCUCGCUAGAUAGCUAUCACACGGCUUUCGAUUCUUCGCUAGAAUCUGAAUCUUCCAGGGAGUCGGACAACAGCGACUUCUACCAGAUACCAUGCGCCCCGAAACAGUUCAUGGACGCGGACGACAGCAACUUCUUGUCGGCCAGCAAGGAUUCGGAUCAGAUAAGCCUGUCCAGCACGGCUUCCAGCUACGGCAAUUCUAGAAGACCGGACAGUGGCGGCAUACCCCUAUACAUACCCAUGAACAUGAACAACAAAGGCGGAUACAGUCCCAUCUCGAAUCACAGCAAGGUUUCGCCGACGCCUCCGAAGAAACCUCCCCGUAGGAACAUAUCAAUAUCUCCCACCCACCUGCAGCCGAUGUCGAUGUCCGUGGACGGCGUCAGCAACAGCGCCUACGAGUAUCUCUUCCUCUCUCACAGCGGCACCCGCAGCCAAGGCAACCUGAGCGACCUGGAGCACCACGAGCACCACAGGAGAGACAGGCUGCUGCACGGCAGGAGCAUAGACCAGUACGUCGAGAUGAACGUCUUCAACAUCGCCCUCGACGACGACGAGAUCCAGAGGUCUAGCAAGGAGCUGCACAGGGGCAAGAGCGAAGACCUGGACUGCCGCAAGAGGCAGGAACCGGUUGCGGUGACCUCCAUGUACGAGAACGUGCUGAUCAAGAAGCAGAACCCGAGGAGGAAGCUACGCAGGAACCCCGAGGUGUAUGAGGACUUCAACUUCAAGAGGAGGGACGACUCCACCUGUUCGUCUAUGCCUGAAUCGUCCUUUAUCUCCAAGGCGUACAUAGUGAUAAGGGACAGUGAUAACUCGUCGUCCAACGAAGGUUUCGAGUCCUGCAAUUCGAGGACUAUCGAGAGGAGGUGCUCCUUCAAUAAAUACCCCUUGAGUCCCACGCAUUACGUUCAACCUCCCACUCCUGAUCACCCACCUCCGAAUCCUAGGGAGGCGGAAAAUUUGAUUUUCGAAAAGAUACGCCCCUUGAGUCAGGAAUAUAAAAGAUUGUCGAAAGACAUGGAAACGGAAACUGAGGAAGAGUAUUUGAUGAUUUGCGAGAGAUCUAGUGGCAGUUUCUCUAGCAGUGUGUCCUUAUCAGACAGAAGUAUGGAUAAUGUUAUUGAGGAAUAUCAUUCUGAUGCUCCUUUUGCAGGUCUAAAAAAAGGUUCAUCCAGAGUUCUUGAGACGAUUAACCAAAACACACCAGCAGUACGACCAAAAUCCUUGAAAAAACUGAAAGUUCUCUAUGACUCGUCCAACAUAUCAUCUAACAAUUCUAAUACAAGUAAUGAUGAUGUAAAAAGUGAUAACGAAAAAUCAUCGAGUUCGGAGAAAGAAUCGGAAAAUAAGGAAAAUAAGAGCCAAUCGAACCCUGACAGGUUGUCAACGCUAAGUCCAUUCGACGAACAAGAAGAAUGGGCUAAAAUACAAGAAAUAAUGGCUUCUUUCGGUACUGGUAUAGUUCGAGAAAGUGUUUUUGUAGCAGAAUUAGAGAAGGAGUUCCAAAGUAGGCUGAUGACUUUGAGUUAUUCCCAAAACAGUCUGAAUUCAGAAACACCCAACAAUAUUGAAAGCUGGUUACAGAGUUUGGGUGUUGGAGAUUACGCUGGACUUUUCAGGAAGAAUGGGUUUGAUGACAUACAUUUCUUGAAUGGCGUUCUGGAGGAAUCUGAUUUAACAGAAAUGGGACUAUUAAACGAGCAUGAACGUCGUGUAAUACUUAACGCAGUAUCCCAAUUACCAACGAAAAUUCAUGAAAUAUCACUAAACAACAACAAUAGCGAACAGAACAGUGUAAACCAAUGGUUGAAAGAUAUUUUCUUAGAACAGUAUUCCGAAACUUUUGCCAAACAUUUAUACCAUGAUAUGGAGCGGAUAAAAAGGAUUUGGGAUGUAGAGCUCAGUGCUGUUUUGGAUAUAGACAAAGUAGGACAUAGAAAAAGGAUUUUAGCUAGUGUUAGCAAUGGUGAACAUAUUGUCACUGGACCAAAACUAGAUGAGAUUAAUCCGGAACUGAAUUCUACACCGAAAUCCGAAAGCGACCAAUCUUCAACAGACGUCAAGACAAAUUCAGUACAUUCCUUCGAAAGUAACACAGGCACAAUACGUCACAGGAGGAAGAAGUCUCGGCCUGCUCCUCCACCUCCUACGACGCUGGAUAGAAAAAAAUUUGGGGAAUCAUCUGAAGCCAAGAAGGCUGGUGAAUUGGUCGUAGGUGGGGGUAAUUCCAUCAAGAGCCAGUGGAAGCACCAGCCUAUGCUACUUAUAACUGGGGUUGUUAAGUAUGCAGCUAAUUACUUAGGAUCAACCUCAAUUCGAGACUUCAGGGGAACAGAAUCCACGAAGAAAUCGCUAGAAAAAUUGCGAAAAUCUUCAGACCAUCCUUCACAAGAAAUUAUUUUGUCCAUUUCAUACAAAGGAAUCAAAUUCUUGAACCCACUGAAUCAGAAUGUCAUUUGCGAACACGAAAUUCGCAACGUCAAUUGUGCCUGUCAAGAUACUGACGAUAGGACUUAUUUUGCUUACAUAACAAAAGACGAGGAACAGUUCUACUGUCAUGUUUUUCAAUCUGCCAAAGUGGACCAGACCAUAGACAUCAUCCUCACCCUCGGACAGGCCUUUGAGCUGGCCUACCAAAUGGCGCUGCGGGAACAAGUGACGUGCAAGACCAAAGCGAGUCGGGUGACCGCAGCAGACGUCCACAAAUCGACGGUGAGUCCUGGAUCGACGUCUUCAGCCUCCCGCGAUCUCAAGGACCCCUCUUCGUCCAGCGUCAGGAGUAGCGAUCUCAAGAUGAACGGGCAUCCUCUCAGGAUGAAACCGCUGACUCUGUCCAUUGCUGCCGAUGGGGUCCUGAUGGACGUGGGACGCCAGCAGGGAAGCGAUGAAUAGGAAGGUUUCUUUUGAGGGAGAGGUAUUGUUUAUUGCUACUCGAAGAGAGUUCAGUAUUGGGUGUACAGCUUUGCUGUAGCGCGGAGGUGAUCAAGAAGGAAUACCAUCACGUGGCUGCUGAAUUCAAAACGGAAUAAGAGAUAUUUUUUCUUACAAAUCAACGAUUCUUAUGAGGUUUUCACAUAAUUUCCUUAAACAAUAAUCUACAUGGAAGAAUGUAAAUAUUUUCAAUUUGAGAAUGAAAAAUAA